AUGGAAUACAGGAAGUCCGAUGCGUACCUAAUGAAACUAAAAUACAUGAAGCUGAAAAAAUACUUGGAAGAGAUCGGUGAGCGACAAAAAGGAGCUUUUCUGCGAAACCAGAUGUUUCUGAGGGAAUUCGAUCGAUUUGAAGCUCAUAUGAGGACUUCAAGCUCCGCUAUGAUUCAGAAGAUGGAAGCGUGGUACAGAAGAGAAAUGAGAAGCGUGUUAUCCCCUCAAGAGCGUAACGUGUCAGCAGAAGGUGCCAAGGCUGAAGAACACGCUGAGCAGCUGUCACGGGUUGCGAGACCCACAGGGAUCGGCACCAGGAAAGCCUUGCCCAGAGGACUGGAUCAUCCAGCAAAGACCUUUAUAGGCCGCCACGCAUCAGCCACUGGAGAUUUGGGCACGCAGGAACACCCCCAGCCCACGGAGAGCUGCUCAGUGCCCGACCUGCCUUCACUCUCUCCAUCCCGCGAAGGAGCCAGUCCAGAGAGUGGCAGUGCUGAUCUAGAGAGGGAUGCAUUGGUGGAGGGAGCAGUGAGGCACGGGGACCUGGCUGCCAGCAAGGAGGGCUCAGAGCGGCUUGUCUCCUCAGCACCUGGUCCCAAACCAGACACCCCUGAGGAGGAAGGGCUGCAGGGAAGCAUCCCAGCACCAAAACCUCGCCUGAGUAACUGGUGGACUAAGGAGGGGAGCUGGGAGAGCAGUGCUGAGCUGCUAGUCCCCGUGAGCCCCAAAGAGGUGACGCCGAGCACUCCCCACGUGCCACAGGGAACAGCCUCACCAGCAGCCGACUGGGAGCAGGACAGGGAUGCCCAUGCCACGGAAGUCUCCCCACUGCGACCGCCAAGCCCUCCCAUAGUGCUGGAGGAGCCCUCGCUCAGCUCAGCACCGGACGGGUAUCCCCGUUUGCUGUCCAUCCGCGGGCACCGCGGGGUGCUGGCAGGACUCUCCUGUGCCCUGCAAUUGAUAGAACAGGCGGUGAGGACGAGCCCCCGGCGGCAGGGGCUGUACCAGGGCAAGCACACGGGGACGAUGGGGGCGGCGGAGCUGCUCAGCUUUUGUGAUGGGGCCGGCACUCUGAAAGAAAACCUUGAGGUAUGCGAAGCAGUCGUCCUUCAUCAGAGCGCGCCGAACGGAUGCCUCCUGCCCGAGAAAAUGCUCGAUGCCGAAGGCAGAGUGGCGGAGAGGGAGGGAACCAGCUAUCAAAGGCCAGAGCAGCAGUGGGAUGUGGAUGCGCUGCGGACCCGCUUCGCCAGCCAUGCCUUGCUCCUGAGAACACACGGGGCUCAGCUCCCGGAAGAAGCAGCGGCACUGUUUGACAGCCUGCAGGAUCCCGGCGGAAAGGUGCUGGAGGACCAGGCUCUACCGACGUUGGGAGAGGUCCUUCUAGGAGACCAUGUGGCGAGGUCACCUCCUCAGAGCAAUGAAUCGUCUUACAGCUCGCCGUUGAUCCCAAACGGCGGCGGGGAAAGGAAGGAAGCAGAACGUGCUCCAUGGCUCGCUGACACCGGAGAACAAGAAGUCACAAGCUGGUGUGAAGAUGAGAGCAAGAAAGGAAGCACGGCCGCAGAGAUUCCCAUUACAGGUUGGGAUAGCAGCGACGAUAGCUGUCAAGGAAAAAGAAGUCAAGAAACGCAUUCGGAAAGCGGUUCCUCAUGGAGUGAAAGAAGUCCUGUCUUCUCAAGGACUGAAACCAGGAAGGGCAUGGCAGCUGCUAUAAAAUCCAAAGCUUUCUGGGGCGAAUCCGAUGACAGCUGCUCCGAGAUUGAGGCUGCUUUGUGCCCACCAGCUCACAGCACGGAAGCAGAUGAAUUUGAUGACUUCUACGACUGA